UGUACGUCAGCGCUUGUUGUCCAGCUGUUGAGGAAAUGGCGGCCGCAGCGAUGGCAGGGGCUGUGGCGGAUCAUCCGCUCCUUACGGAGGCCAAAAAGCUGGAAUAUUUCUCCUCCAUCAACUCCAUGGCCCGUAAGAUUAUGGAGGAGAGGGAAAAGAUAAAGGAGGGGUACGGUUCGGCUUGGGAUCAGAUGAGUCCGGUCGAACAGGACUCGGCGAUAGACAACGGGAUGAUGGAUCCGCGGAUCCGGGCUCGGUACGCAAUGCACCGGGUGGAACGAGACGAGGUGAUCUGCUACCCGAAACUACUCAUCCAGACCGGGCAGAAGACUGUACACUUCGGAGAAGAGGACUUGACUUGGCAAGAUGAGCACUCGGCUCCCUUCUCUUGGGAGACCAAGAGCCAGAUGGAAUUCAGCAUCAUCUCCGGUGCUCCAGAACCAGCCGUUCCCUCCACAGUAAACGAAUCCAAACCCAAGCCCUCUCAGAACACCAAGCUGCCCAGCAAUGACGAAUCGUCCUUCUGGAAGAUCAGCGCAGAGCGCUCUCGGCUCGAGGGUGAGAAGGCUGAAUUUCAGUCUCUGACGCCCAGCCAGAUCAAGUCUCUGGAGAAAGGAGAGAAGCCUUUGCCGUCGUACCUGAGGUCCGAGUCUGGGCAGAGGGAGUCGGAAGAAGCGCCGGCCCCGCGGCCGGUUCAACAGAGAAUCACCAAACCUCAUGCCCCUCCUCCCCCCAUUCCCAUCAGCGUGACUCCUGUGGCGAUUAGCGUGACCCCAACACCUCCUGCUCCCGUGUCCACCUCAGAGGAAGGCUGGGAGAGGGCUCAGAGCACACUUCCUUCUGUAAGCACUAUGGAUGAUGUGUUCAGUCCUGGUCUGGUCACCAGGUCUUCCUCUCAGAACAACAGCACAGUCAAAGAUGCCGACAAGGCAGAAAGCUCACCCGCCUCCAGUCCUACCUUCUCACAGUUUAACACUAGCAGCAGUAUCCUGAAGACUGGAUUUGACUUCUUGGACAACUGGUAACGCUCGAAUAUCCUGAAGAACCCAUUCCAGAUCACAGGACCUACAAACACCACAAACCCAACACUACAGAACACUUUCCUUUAAUGCUUUAGUAGUUUAUUUAUAGUGCAUCAGUAUCUCUACGAUUGUAUUAAAAUCUUCAUUUGUCUGGCUCCAUCUCACUGGUUAAAAGUUACUGAAUGCAUGAGCUAUGAUACAUCAGGUAGGAUUUUAAACCGAGCACAUGUUUUUGUUUCUUCGAUUGUUUUCACACUUGGUACAUCUGCUGAGUCAGAACCCAUUUUCUCUACGCCUUGUUGGUCUGUUUUCCCACUAUUACUGUUUUUCAGAAAACUUCUUUCACCAUCAACAUUAGAACCACCAAAAGCUGUUUAUUCUGUGUAUCCAGGCAACAAAGUUUCUUAAAGUUGCAGAACAAUGUUUUGAUUUUGUUUGGUGUUACUACCAAACUGGCACAAUAUACUUAAUCAGUACCAGCCCACUUCUGGAUUGCAUUCACAUCUACCAGGAACCGUGCUGUGGUUCACAUUAAACGAACCCCAAACCCCUCCUUUGCGUGCAGUUACAGAAGUUCAAAAGAUGCAUUAAUCAAACAAGCCAGACCUCGUGGUCAGUUGAACUCAGAUCCACACUAGUGUGAAUGCCACAUCACUGUCACUGCCAUAAAUUUUGAUCUAUAUUUAUCUAGACCUCAAUACUAGUGUUAAGAUGCUUCACUGUACAUUUAUUGAUAAGGACCUAAAUGAGACACCGUAGCGCUAGCAUGGUUUUGAAGAGAUGACUUGCGCCUGGCUUGUUUUGUAGACUUUUUAUAUGCGUGCUACUUUCAUUGUAUGCUUUCAAGUGAAUCAUUGACUUUCUCCUCAUUCUCCUAAAUGCUUCCUUUCUUUGUCUCUUUCCUGUAGCCCAGUUCACCAGAGAUGACUUAAUAACUUAAAGCAAUAGUUUAAAUCUCCAUUUGUUGUUAGGCCUGAAACAUACUCUAUGCAAGUACGCGAAUGUGGGUGCAACAUUAACCCUCUGGUGUUGUUCAUUUGGGAGUCACAACUUCUUGUUGUUCACAGUCAAAAGUGACCAAACAUCUGAAAUGUUUUUUUCUUUUUUUUCCCAGUAAAAUCAAUGUAAUAUAUUUUUAUUUCAUAAUAUUUUUUCUUGUUUUAUUUUGUAUUUUAACAUACAUGGUACUAAUUAAUAUUUAUGCAAUAAUUAUGAUCAAUUUUUCCCCCAUUGAAAAUAAUACAAACGCUUUUUUUUCUAAGAUUUUAAUAUUACUUUUUAAUUAUGGCAAUUAUUUCAUGUUAAAAUAGAGACAAUGCCCUUAAAAUCCAAUUUUUGAAGUCAGAUUAGUGCCUGGUGGGAGCAAAAAAAGAAAAACAUUGCAAUUCCAUGGUUUAGCCACUAGAUUCAUAUACAGCUCUGUAUAAAAGGUUUAUAAAUUCUCUUGUUGUUUUUAGACAUAAAGACUUAUUUUAUUAGGUUGUGGAUUUGGAUAUAUAUUUAGACAUUCUCAAAUAACGUUUUGUAAAAGUUUAGAUUUUUUUUGUUUGAAAUUUUGGUUUGAAAUGUCAGUUUUUGCAUUCAUUUUACUACAGUCAAACCUGAACACAGAGAUAGACAUUUUGUUCAAUCAAAAUUCAACAAAAAUGUAACAGAAACAAACAGGAAUGCUUUAUCAGAGGUUAAUUAAUCUGAUUUCAACCUUAUUUGAGUCUCCUGGCUCAGUUUUGCCAUAUUGUUACAACCACACCAGUUUAUUUGCGUGUGUAUAAUAGUGUGUUGUGUGUUAUGUCUGUGUGUUGAGUGUGUGUGUCUGUUUUGUACUGUUGAUGUUUUAGUGUGUAACCCCUUCCUUGGUGUCUGUGUUUUUAUAGCAUUUUUGGCUGAAUUAUUGAUUUUAUAUCAUGCAUUUGCAAAAACAAGCUUUGUGUUACAGUCACACUUGUUCAUGUAUGUAUGUCUGCGUAUGUCUAUUUUAGAGAUACUUUUAGAUAUUUUAGAGUGUCACCCCUUUAUUGCUGUGCACUCUUUUUCUGUAUCAUGAAUGAUUUGUCGAUUGUACAAAAAAAAAAAAUUCUCUGUAUUUCUGCAUAUUUCCCAUUAAUUUCCAAUGGCAGUCACUGACCUGGAACAACACAAGUGUGACUAUUUUUUUGUGCUACCAUUUAUCGUUUGCAAAUCAAGUCCUUUGUUUUUUUUUCACAUAGUGACUGUCAUAAAAGUCAUUGAGUUUCAUACCAUUCCAAUGAAGUAGCAAUUUUUACAAAUUCGAAACCUUUUUUUUUUUUUUUCUAAAAUGACCAAACAAUACCAGAGGGUUAAACGGGUGUUAUUGCGUUACUGUGACAUUAGCAAACUCCAGAACUCAAGGGGGCGAUAGAGUUAACUGAAACUGAAUGUGCUAUUGUUCAAGUAGCUAGCUCUAAACAAGUUAAUAGUUAAAUAUUUUCAAAAUGCUUGAUUUUGGACGUGUGAAAUCGACACUAGCGUUUACGUUCACGUACUUGUCUGAUGUAUGGUUCAGGGCUAAAUUGACUACACUGUAAAAAGUUUUCACCAGUUUCAACUUACAAAUUUAGUUAAGCAGUUAAGCAGCUGCCUUAAAAUUUUAAGUUAAAUCAACUUAAAAGUACAAGUAAUUUAAACUAAUAAGUUAAAUCAACUUUAAAUCACUAUAUUUUAGUGAGUUGAAAUGACUUGUAGUUUUAAUUUGAUUUAACUUAAUUUUAAGGCUAAACUUAAGUUUUUAAGUUGAGACUGGUAAAAACUUUUUACACUGUCAGGUUCAAGGGUAGGAAUCAUUUUUGGAGCAUUGUUACGAGAUGUUUUUGUUGAAUUCGAAAUGCGUGGCCUGGAGCCAGUAUUUAUGCAUUCAUAUAUCUGUAAUGAAAGAUAAGACAAUAAAAGGAGGACACUCAAA